ACAGUCCUGAUGAUGCCUGAAACCACCGUGAAAGCGCCCAAGAAGGGCUCAAAGAAAGCCGUGUCAAAGAGUGUCAGCAAAAGCGGCAAGAAGAGGAGGAGGACCAGGAAAGAAAGCUACGCCAUCUACGUGUACAAGGUGCUGAAGCAGGUCCACCCCGACACCGGCAUCUCGUCCAAGGCAAUGGGCAUCAUGAACUCGUUUGUGAGCGACAUCUUUGAGCGCAUCGCCGGUGAGGCCUCCCGUCUGGCUCACUACAACAAGCGCUCCACCAUCACUUCCAGGGAGAUCCAGACCGCCGUCCGCCUGCUGCUGCCCGGUGAGCUGGCCAAGCAAGCAGUGUCUGAGGGCACCAAGGCCGUCACCAAGUACACCAGCUCCAAGUAAACAGUCCU